AUGGGUGGAGGUCCAAAGAAGCCCGUCAACAUCUUCAAGAUGCAGCUUGGUGACGAUCCUCGAGAAGUCAUCAACUGGAAGCUAUGGUUCGCCGUCUUCUCCUUCGGCAUUAUGGGCGCUGCCCGUGGCAUCGACGAGGGUCUCAUUUCCGGCACAUUCAACAGCACGAACUUCAAACAUCUGCUCGGUUUCGACGAACUGGACGAUGUUGCUCUGGCUAAUGUCAAGGGUAACGUCAGUGCUAUGGUGCAGAUCGGGUCUGUUGGUGGUGCGCUGCUGGCGUUCUUGACCGCAGAUCGACUUGGUCGCUUGUGGGCCACGCGGGUGCUUUGCUCUCUGUGGGUCUUGGGUAUUGCGAUCUUCAUGGCGAACAAUGGCAAUCUGGGCGCUGUCUAUGCUGGUCGCUUCAUCGCUGGUCUCGGCAUCGGACAAACAACUGUCGUCGCUCCCGUCUACAUCAGCGAGAUUGCACCAAAAUCUGUUCGAGGCCUGGCAACAUGCGUCUUUGCUGGCUCAGUCUACAUUGGUAUCAUGUUAGCCUACUUCGCCAGCUGGGGCUCUUCUCUCCACAUCGACAAGAAGACUCAAACCUCCUGGCUCGUUCCCACCUCAAUCCAUCUUAUGUUCGCCGGCAUCAUCUUUGUCCUAUCAUUCUUUAACAAGGAAUCUCCCCGCUAUCUAAUCAAGAAGGGCAAAAUGGAGCACGCCAUCCAGAAUCUCACUCGUAUUCGCGGUCUCCCUGAGACUGAUCCAUACAUCGUGCACGAGAUUCACGAGAUCAAGCGUUCGCUCGCUGAAGAGCAGGAAGCCACUAUGGGCCAGGGCUUCGGCGGCCUGCUCCGCGAGAUGUUCCUCCAACCCAACAACUUUUACCGCAUCUACCUCGGUCUCGGCUCCCAGCUCCUUUCGCAAUGGUCCGGCGCGCAAUCCAUCACCAUCUACGCUCCCGACAUGUUCGCUUUGCUCGGCACAAAGGGUCAGAACGAGAAGCUGUUCGCUACUGCCAUCUUCGGUGUCGUCAAGUUCGUCGCCUCGAUCAUGUGCGCCCUCUUCCUGGUUGACGUUAUUGGCCGCAAGCGAUCUCUCUCAAUCGGCAUCAUUCUACAGGCUAUCUCGAUGGCCUACGUCGCUGCUUUCCUCACCGCGGUUCCCAACAUUGACGAGGACACCGAGUUCACACCAGCACAAAAGCACGCCUCCACAGGCGCAAUCGUCAUGAUCUACAUCUCGGGCUUCGGCUGGGCUAUGGGGUGGAACUCAAUUCAAUACCUCCUCAAUGCCGAGAUCUACCCGCUCCGCAUCCGCGCCAUCUCUUCGUCAAUGGUCAUGUGCUUCCACUUCGUCAACCAGUACGGCAACUCCCGCGCCGUGCCGCAAAUGCUGCUCCCAACCUCAGAUGGCGGUCUCUCCCCAGCAGGCACAUUCUGGCUCUUUACGGCGAUCACCCUGAUGGGUCUCUUCUGGGCAUGGUGGUUCAUCCCAGAGACAGCCGGCUUGAGCUUGGAGCAGAUGGACUACUUGUUCACAUUGAAGUGGUGGAAGAUUGGCGUGUGGGGAAGGAAGCAGGCUGAGAUCACGGUUGCGGAUGAGGACGACAGGUAUAACAGUGGCAAGGUUGGUGGUUUGGGGGAGAAGGGCGAAGAGGUCGAGACUGUGGGUGAGGUUGGUGCUGAGAAGAGGGUGUGA